AGGAGGGUUUUAGUUAAAAUCACUUCCCAGCACCAUUUUUUUUUUUUUGUCAGUUUUUCUACCACCUGUGGAGUUCAAAAAUUCAGUCAGGCACAGAAGUCAUUGCUUCUACACAACUAAACAGGUGCGUUUUUCAAUCCCCAUGUUUAAUUGUCUCUACAAAACCAUUCUAAAUGGUGAGAAACACAUUACUAGUAGAUCUCCAACACCAAUUCACAAACUGGGUUUUCUUCAAAACCCAUCUUUAUACUGGAAAUACUAUGUCUCCAGCAUUUCAAGUCAGCUACCAUUUGCUGUCUCUUACCUCAUAAACUCAUUUGGGUUCACACCAGAAGCUGCUUUAUCAGCUUCCAAAUAUGUUGAUUUCGAAACCCCAGAAAAAGCAGAUGCUGUGGUUAAGUUUUUGAAGAACCAUGGGUUCUCUCAAACCCAGAUCUCGAACCUUGUUAGAAGACGCCCAGGACUGCUCAAAUGUAAUCCUGAGAAAACCCUUUUGCCCAAAAUGGAAUUCUUUUCCUCUAAAGGGAUUCCAAGUCCUGACCUUGCAAAAAUGUUUAGUGGGUUCCCUGAGCUUUUUAGAAGAAGCUUAGAGAAACAAAUUAUCCCUUCCUUUGAUUUGUUUAAAAGCUUGCUUCAGUCUGAGGAUAAGACUCUUCAAGCUUUACAACGAUAUUCGGGUAUGUUUACAAAUUAUCUUGAAAUUUAUGUGGUGCCCAAUAUUAAUACAUUGAGAGAGAGCGGAAUGCCCGAGUCGUUUAUCAUUUCUAUACUUCAAAAACAGCCAAGAGCAUUCAGGGUUAAUCCUGUUCAGUUUAGAGUGGCUGUGGAGAAAGUAAAAGAAAUGGGAUUUAAUCCUUCGACGAUGAAGUUUGCCAAGGCAGUACAUGCUGUGCGGUCAAUGAGCAAAUCGACAUGGGAAAGGAAGCUCAAUGUUUACAAGAAAUGGGGUUGGACUGAGGAUGAGGUUUCUAUGGCAUUUAGAAACCAUCCAUGGUGUAUGACGGUGUCUGAGGAAAAGCUUACGAGGGUAAUGGAUUUUCUUGUCAACAAGAUGGGUAUGGAGUCUUCCCUCAUUAAGAAACACUCAAUGCUUUUUUCUUUGAGCUUGGAGAAGAGAUUGAUUCCUAGGGGUUUGGUUCUGCAAGUUUUACUAUCAAAAGGCUUGGUGAAGAAGAAUUUUAAAAUGCAUGUGUAUUUUGAGUGCCCUGAAAAGACAUUUUUGCAGAAGUUUGUUAUGAUUCAUGAGGACGAGGCUUCUGAGCUGUUGAAGUUAUACAAGGGAUCAUUGGAUUCUUCAAAAUGAGAAGAGAAUAACCUUGUUAAAUUACUUGCUUUAGUUGGGCUCCAAGAUUGCAAUUAACCCAUAUAACUUUUUUAUUGGUAAUGUGAGUUAUCUUUUAUUUGUUUGAACAUUGUAGCUCGAGUUCAAAAAUGCAUAAUCAUCUGCUAGGCUAUUGUGAUCUGUUCUUGCUUAAUAAAUGGGCAUAAUUCUGCAAAUAGUUCCACGGCUGAAAUUUUGUAACUAAAAUAUAAUUUAUCUGUGGAACUUUUGUCACAGAAAUUUAAUUCCUUUCAUUUUGUUGCUAUAAAAAAGACAUCUAGCUCCCUGAUACAUGCUCUUUGUAUGCAAUUGUAUUAUUGGAUGGUGUUGUAAUGUUGGUGCAUGCAAUUUUGAGACUGAUAUUGCUAGUUCAAGUUGGUUACACUGAGUAUAUAUUGAAACUAUGGUGAAGUCUCAUAAUUUGUGUGCAUUCCAAGAUACCUAACAAUUUUCUGUUUAACAUGUUUGUGAGCAAAUUCUCUCAGUACUUGCAGAAUUUUUAUGUUAUUUUGAUUUGCAGAGCUCUCAUAUGGCGCCUAUCUGGAAUGCACUGCAUGUUCAGAUGGCUACAAGAAAGAGCAGCAGAAAGUAUAUGGAUUUCUUUUGUUCUACAGAAUAAAAAAGAAAAUGCAAAAGUACUUGCUUUAUAAGUUGUUUAUCUUAAUGGCUCGAGUCAAAUUCAGGUCAGCCAAGUGGACAGAUCCAGCAAUCAGCUUUCUUGUGGUGAAAGUAAGUUAGGAGAGUAUUUUGAAUUCGUGUUUGCAAGUCACUAAAUCUAUCAUGAGGCCUAGCUGGACCAUUUUUUACCAUUACACCUUACUUUGACUUUUGAUUGGACAAUUGUUAUUUUUAACUCUCUUGCCAUUU